AUGAAUUUUGAGAAUAUUAUUAAUGUUUUUAAUCCAUAUUUGACGUCUUCACUCAUCAAAUAUGCUGUUAGACCAACAACAAUAUGGACUUUACGAAGUGAUUCAACUCUUUUCGUAUUUAAAAGAUCAAAUUUAAAAACCUUCUCAAAAUUCCCAUUUGAUGGCCCAGAUCCUUCACUGGCUAAAAUAUCAGUUGAUGCUUUAGGCGAGAAAUGCGUUAUUUUCUGGGAUAGACCGCCAAUUUUAUUCUUUUCGCUUGCAACUGGUGAAUUUUCGAUUAUACAAGAUAUUAAAACAUCGUUUUAUCCGUCAGCAGCUUGCUGGAUGCCAACAACAAAUGGUAGCAGUGAUAUUCUCUUUGGUUCUAUCACUGGCGAAAUAUUAUCAAUUUCAUCAGACGAAAAUCACGAAGUUAAAUCACUUUAUACAAUGCCAAACGGACAACUAAUCCGAGAACUACACAGUCAUGUAAACGGAGACAUGAAAAUGAUUUUUGUCAAUAUUGAAGAGCAAAUUCUCACUUUUUACGGAACUAGUGAUAUUGAACAAAUAUUCCAGAAAGGGCCAUCAAACAAGGUCAUUGUUUUAUUCGGAACAGAGCAACAGAACCCGAAUUCGAAGAGAAUUAUCUUAGAUACUUACGAGGGCAGUAUUCGACUCUCAGUUCUUCAUAUGCUUGGUGUGAUGUCAUAUGUGGCUCAAAUGGAUGGCAAUAGACUCAUAAAUUACGAUCAAAAAGUUUCAGAAUUUGAUAUUACAAAUGUUGUUGCAAUAGAAACAUGCCAAUGGGGAUUCCUUGUUGUAUUUGAUAAGAAUAUCCUCUUCUUUUACGAAUCGAAGCCUAAAGCUUCACUUCCAAUCUCAAAUGUUCGACAUAUCUCUUGCGACAACAUCGGAUUGGUUCUUUUUACUGAUGAAGAGAUUAUUACCAUCUCAACCAAGUCAUUCCUUCACUACAUUGUCCAUGAUGCGGUCAAACAUAAGUUAUUCGACUACGCUUUGUAUCUUUCUCAAAACGAUUCGAUCAGAUUUUACGUUCUCAAAAAGCAAAUUGAGAAGAUGUUCCCUGAAAAAGUCGGAAAAUACUUAAUUAGUCUUAAAUGGUCAAUUAACGAUAUUGUUAAAGCAGUUGGCCUUGAUUCCACAGCAACUCUCGCUUAUUUAACAGAAUACAUUGUAAAUUUACCAAAAACAAUGAAAAAGCAGAGAUUUGCGAUGAUUAAUUGGGCAUUUCAGCUCCAUUCCAAGUUCUAUCCACAAAUGGAGCAACAGUUCAUCAAAUUCUUGCAGGAUUACGGCCAAGAAAUGCCAAAAGAAGAGAUUUACCACGUUUUGGACGAAAUUAAUUUCCAAAAUGGAAUUAUUGAAUUUGCAAAAGUGAUUAAUGACGAACAGAAGAUCAUUAACCAGAUUAUAGCAUACAAGGACAUUAACGACGUCCUUAAUUACUUAGCUUCCAUUAAUAAUUCCAAAUUAAUUUCAUUAACUCUCCAAAGAUUAAUAGAGACAAGAAAGAAGGAGGUCAUCGACUUCCUUAAUAACAACUACUUGAAGAUAGUUACAGAAGACCAGUUACCACUCGUUUCUUUAGUUCCAGAAACAGCUUCUCAAAUUUUCAAUGAGUUCACAACCGACAAAACCGCCAGAACUAUGAUGAUGAUUUCCAUGUGCAUGAACCAUUUAGACGAUCGCAUUAUACAGCUUCUUUCCCGAUCAAAAACCGAUUUUCCAUUUCUUUACAGAUUUUCAAAUUAUUUCGAGUGCCACCAAGCAGUUUCGAGGAUUCUAAUCAGACUGCAUAAGCCCAAACAGGCUGUAAGAGUGGCAUUGAAGUUCGGAAGCUCAUCAGUUCAUAAUUUCCUCGCAUCAAUUAAAGAUACCGAGACACAAAAGGACGCAUGGACCGAAUACGUCAACAACAUCAAAGGCGAAGAACGAGAUCGCGCAAUCAACCGUUUAAUUGCUACAAAUCUCUUCACUUUUGAAGAAUUAAUUGACGUAAUCGGAGAUGACUCAUUCCUUUACGAAUACGCCGACGAGAUGUUGCAAGCAGUCAAGAAGAUGGAGAAGGAUGCAGAGACAAUUUACUACAGAACUCACUUCCACCAGGUGAGAGCUCCAGAUUUCCCGAUUUCUUACGCUGAAACUUGCCGUUUCUGCUCUUUGCCGCUGCUUGGAACAAAGUUCGUCGCGUUCCCCUGCGGACACGUGAUGCACAAGGAGUGUUUGCACAAAAUGGUCGAUGAAGUAAGGAAACAUCACCCAGAUGACGAAAUUGGCGACAUGGAAUCGUGUCCGAUUUGCGGAAUUAUAAGUGUAGAGACGGUUUUGCAACCAUUCUAG